AUGGUUGUGCCUAGCUACCCCUUCAUUCUUUAUAAGCGCCGCAGCCCUCACCCCGAACGAACCGCCCCCAGCCACUCCUCUCUCUCGUCUCCCCACUCGCCGCCGCCGCCGGCGCUCUCACCCCACUCGCCGCGCUCGCUCGCCCCGCCCUACCCCAGCCGAUCGACCGCACCCCACACCACCGCGGGUCUCGCCUCGCCUCAAGCCGUGGGGAAGAGGAAGGACCACUACGAGAUCCUGGGCGUGCCCAAGGCGGCCACCGCCGGCGACAUCAACGAGGCGUACCACAAGCGGAGCGCGCUCAAGUGGAAGGAGGCGGAGCGGGGGUUCCAGCGCCUCACCACAGCCCACAAGGUUCUCAGUGACCCGCUGAGGCGCCCGCUCUACGACAAGCACCUGCGCGCCGAGGAGAAGCUCAUGGGGAAGGCGCCGCCGCCGGCCGCAUCCACGGGUGUGGCACUGGAAAGGGUGGUACGUACAGGCCGGAAGGGCGCAGCUUUGGGCAGGGAGGUUGCGGUUGCGGGCACCGGCGGCAGGCAAAAUGCAGACCGGACGGGCGGAGGCGCCAAGCGUGCGGGCCUUCGAAGCUCAACGGGGAAGGCCAGCGGGAACGGCAAGCGCUCGCGAUGCCUAACGGACGGCGCGACAGAUGCGACGGGAGCACACGCGUCGACUACGUCCUUUUCCACCGGCCGUAGCACCUUUGAGAUGUCUGUGAAGUACACGAAUGAGUACUACAAUGAGGAGAAUUGUUCAUCCUUCGACGGCGAGCCAUUCUGCCCCAUCGACCAUAGCACCUUCAAGACGGCCGUGAAAUAUACGAAUGAGUACUACACUGAGGAGAAAUGUUCAUCCUUCGACGGCGAGCCAUUCUGCCCCACUGACCAUAGCACCUUCAUGACGGCCGUGAAAUAUGCGAAUGAGUACUACACUGAGGAGAACUGUUCAUCAUUCGACGGCGAGCCAUUCUGCCCCACCGACCAUAGCACCUUCAAGGCGGCCGUGAAGACCAUGAAUGAGUACUACGAUGAGGAUGAGAACCUUGGGUUGUGCGUGUACGAGGAAGAAGGCGUGCAGGAUGACUAUGGCAACCAUGCCGGGGUUGGCAAUGAUGAUACCAGGGUUUGUGAUGACCUCAUCAACGGUGAUGACGUGGAAGGGGGCAUGCCGUAUGCAAAAUACGAUGAUUGCGGGGGUGGUGAUCACAACUAUGGCGACCAUGGCGGGGCUGGCAAUAAUGAUGAUACCGGGGUUUGUGAUGACUACUACGACAAUGCUGCGGGGGGCUUUGACAAUGGCUACUACGAUGGUGAUGCUGGGAAUGGAGCUGAUGACUGGUGGUAGUGAUCCAGGGCAAGACCUCUUUGAAAUGUGAGAAGGAAGUCCCAAGUCGUGGAGUUGAGAUGAUGUGCAAGUCUCUAUCUACUUUGCUAGUUCUUAUGUUACCUAAGUAUCGUAGCUAGCUUCGGAUUUACCACUUUUCUGUAUGAUAAGCUAGGAAAUCAGUCUUCUGUAUGGGGAAUCUUAAGCAAUAUCAUGUGCCCUGCUUGUGAUAAAGGUAUUGCUAAAUGCUAAUGUACAUUAUAAUUGGCAUAUGUUUCUUCAUUGCU